AAUCUUUGGUUCGUCCGGGGCGACGAAGCAGCCAGGAAGGCCGAACGACCGAGCCAAGCAUGAUGAGGAGCUGUGCACCGAGCCGCGUCUUCCAGGUGUCGUGCGUGGCGCUGCUGGCGCUCAGCGCCCUCCACUUGACCGUCACCCUGCUCUACUACCUCGACAUCCACGUCUACACGGCGCAGAUGGUGCGCCGCAUCGGCGGCCUCCUGGUAUAUCAGCCCACCGGUUCUCCCGCCUCCCCCAACUUCACCGCGGCCGCCCGCAACCGGACGCUGCCCACCGCCAGCCCGCUGCCGCUACAGCCCUGCCCGGAGACACCGCCCCGCCUCGUGGGCCCCUCAAGAAUAGAAUUUUCUCAGUCCAUUAAUCUGGAAGAUGUGAGACAGAAUAAUUUGUUAGUGCGUGAAGGAGGCCGAUAUACUCCCUCAGAAUGUACAGCUCUUCAGAAGGUUGCAGUAAUCAUUCCUUUUCGUGACCGUGAUGAACAUUUGAAAUAUUGGUUGUAUUAUUUGCAUCCACUUCUGCAGCGACAGCAGCUCGAUUAUGGCGUGUAUGUCAUUAACCAGCAUGGUGAAGAAACUUUUAAUCGAGCCAAACUUCUUAACGUAGGUUUUAUGGAAGCUUUGAAGGAAGACAACUACAAUUGCUUUGUAUUCAGUGAUGUUGAUUUGAUUCCUAUGGAUGAUCGUAAUAUCUACAAGUGUUACAACCAGCCAAGGCAUCUGGCUGUGUCAAUGGAUAAAUUUAGUUUCCGCCUGCCAUACAAUCAAUUCUUCGGUGGAAUUUCGGCCUUAAGUAGAGAACAGCACGAAAAAAUCAAUGGCUUCCCAAACAAUUAUUGGGGCUGGGGAGGGGAAGAUGAUGACAUCUACAACAGGAUUAUUUUUAGAGGUAUGGGAAUAUCACGUCCAGAUGGUGUCAUUGGGAAAUGCCGGAUGAUCGCUCACAGGAGGGAUAAAAAGAAUGAACCUAACCCUCAGAGGUUUGACAGAAUUGCACGUACAAGGCAGACAAUGCAAAAUGAUGGUUUAAAUUCACUCAAAUAUAAAGUACUGCAGAUGAAAAAAUACCCAUUAUACACCUUCAUCGAUGUGGAUAUUGGUGGGCCUGGAAGGCCACCUUCCUGAGUAUAAAAUAAAGUGACGUACUUUGAGAAAUAAGGUCAACUAAAUCACAGACCUUAAAUUUGAAUUUCACAUUAUAUACCUUUAUGUGCCUUAUUCAAUUACACUUGUAUGCUGUAUCUCCUUGUCUGACGCUGCAGUCACUGAUUUCUGUGCCUUAAUUAUGAGAAUUUGAUCAUAUUGAAUAUGCAUUUUUAAAGUUAGCAUCUUAUAAAUCGAAAAGCAGUUUAUGCAAAAAAAUUGCCUGCGUGUAAAAAAAAAAAUGUAUUACACUUCGUUAAUCAGGUUUUUCAUUCUAUUUCCAUGUUUUUUGGACUCUCAGGAAUUCUCAAACACUGUUUUCCAAAUGUUGUUUUUCUCAAUCAUUUAUUUUUGAUGCAUGUUGUAUUUUUGGUUUCUGUUCUUUUGUGGAUAGCAUUUGAAGCCUUGCUAAUUUAUUUGUUUAUAUUGUUGCCUAUAGAAUAUGAUACCUGAAAUGUGACAUUUGCCUGCUCGAGCCAAGCUAUGCAUCUCUUCUUUUUACUGUUAGAAGAUUUUGGGUGGGAGAGUUGAUUCUCUCCUAAAAGUAACAUUUGUUCAACGUUAAGUUUGGAAGUUAUGUUCCCCAGCCAUGUGGCUAAACGUACUAAAGUCAAAGUACUGUGAAGAAGGCUUCAACACUCAGCAAAGAAUAUUCGAUGAACUAAUUGCUGUUCUAAAAAAGAUAUAUAUAUUCUUGUGAUAUGAGCAGUGCUGACAGGUUCCUGUUCAUUGUUCAUUCCCUGAAUGUCCGAUGAACUUUGCGGCAAAUAUCCUGAAUCACCUUCGGAAUUGGUUGAAUGUUGACCCACUUACAUCAAGAGUGUUGAAACUGGAGGUCUUGGUGUUCCUAUGACUUUCAGCUUAUGGUCUCGCAAGGCGGCUUUGUAUCAGGUGGUAAAUAUAUUUGGGAAACAGCUUUUUUUUUAAAAUGUCUUAUUCAACCCUUACUUCCCAAAUACAUGAUCUGUGUGCAUUUCCACACUUCGCUAUGUGUGCACUCUAGGAGAACACUUGCAUGUAAGCACACAGUACAUGUGCACUGACUUUGUUUCUUCCACAGGCACUGAAGCUGCAAUAUCUUCUUUAAAAUUGUUGCCACUUUUGCCUCAGACUACAAUUUAGAAUAUAUGUUUAGAAAGCUGCAUUGAAUAUCUCCUGCUCCUAGAACGAGUCCAAUCCAAAAUGUUAAAGAGCAGAAGAUUUGAAGAGGGCAACUUUUGGCCCCUCAGGGUCCAUCCUCUCACGCAGUAUGGAACCAUGAUUGGGAUAAUCAAUCUAACAUUAGACUGGCCAAAGCAGCAUCAAGGAAGUUGCUUGUAUUUACAGCAUCAAUGCGGCCGCUGUAUUUUGGCGUCACUGCAAAUAAUUAUUCACAACAUUCUUUGGCUUUUUGUGAUAGUUUUCUCUAGAUUUUUGUAUUGCUGGAAGUUUUCCCUUUUAUACAGAAAUCUUCCUCCUGUUUGCCACCUUUCCUGAGCCUCUUUUUCCUUCUAGUUUUCUUACCAGGUCAAAUCCGACCAGCAUCUAUUCAGUCAGGCCUCGUGACAUUGUCACCAACAGAUUCAGUUGCUUUGAUGUGUUUAGAUUUUCAAGCAUUUUGGAACGGAGACGUGCAGCGCAACCCAGGACCAUUGGUGUCCUGCAGGUGCUCAACCUCGCCUGUACCGUGAUGGUACCAGACUUCACCCGGCAGAGCAGUGCAAAGAUUAGAUUGGUACCUUUAGGGAGCCUGUACACCCACAGCCUGAUAACUAUCAAAAUAGAGUGGACUGAGAGGUAUUGGGAACAAAUGGUGAAAUGUGAAAACGUUAAGACCAAAAUGUGCAUCUUAAUUUUUGUGUCUUUUAAUUAAUUAAGGUGACUCACUUUUUAUGCAUUUUCUACUGAUUUCACUUUAAUUGGGUUUGAAUUUGCAGCUUUCAUGGCUGUAAUGUUUCCCAUGAAUGUUGCACGUUUAUAUCCACCUUAUGACAAAAAUGAACACUCAUUUAAUCUUUUUUUUCAUUAAAGUAGCUUUCUGCACACUUUGGACAGUCCUAUCAUAUAUCCAUUGCCAAUACCAAUCGCUCUUCAAACUUUAGUCAAGCCCAUUACUGCAAUUUGUUAUGCCAAGUGAUUUAUCAGUUUACCUAUACUCCUUUAAGUUCUCUUGAACUUCUGAAUUACUAGAGGUAUUGGCAAUAUCUAAACAGAUAUUUAAUGGGGCAUCAGUUUAUUUGCCUUUAAUACCUUUUAAAGCCAAGAUGCCUACAUUACUUUGUGCACAAACCACCUAAUACUGAUGUGGUGCUGUUUGACCAUAUUUCUUCAUUCUAAUGCAGCUCAAUUACAAUCUGUUCUUUACUGUUGAGCUCCUGGCUCACUGCUAUUGCGUGCUUCAACCUCCUGAACCAUUUUUAUACGUAUUGUUUUGUUGAAAGCAUUACUUUUUCCAAAACUGACACUGGGGAUUCGGGAGAGCAGACUACCGAGUCCAAUUACAACAUCUCUGAAACUUUCCUGUUCCUCAAUGGGAUCUCCUCUAUGUUCUUUGGUACAGGGAUAUUAGCACACAAGAAAUUCUACAAUUAAUACCAUUUCACUAUUCAAAUAGAGCAAAAUUACUAUUUUAUUCCUUGCAUUCACACAUUUCAGCUUGUAUCUUCUCAGUUGUGGGCUGCCUUGAUUGUCAAACUAAUAAUCUGCAUUUGCCUUUAAUAUUAUUUUCUGACUCUUGUAUUUUUACUAAAGUAUUUUUCUUUGGUGCAAAUAUUCACCUGUGCUUUUUAAAAACUGAACACUGUUUACAAAUUGGUAAAACUGCAAUGGAACUUUUGGUGACUACCUGUGCACCAGAGAAGUAGUACUCCUUCAGACUUGUGGUUUGUUGGCAAUUGAGAACUUGCAUUGCCUCUAACUUUAAUAAUAGCUCGACUUACUUUAUUUGCUACUCUGAAAAGAUACAAUUAAAGUCAGUAGAGAGGUGCAACAAAUUAAAAUUCCGCAUUUUGUUUAUAAUCAUGUAAACAAUCAAGUCCUAGAUCAUGUUUGUGUGAAUCAUGAAUGUCAAAUGAACUUGCUUUAGUCAUUGAGAGCAAAACCAGAACAAAAUCUGCAUCGUAUUAAAAUGUUCCACAUAUGUUUCAGUUAUGUGUCGUUGUACUUGUGAAGAAUGAUUUGUGUUUUGUAAAUUGAGUUUUUGAAGAUCUUGUACAUGAUCAGUGUUUGACAAGGUAGAAUACCCACCACUAUUUCAUACAACUUUGGUCUAACAAUUUAUCAAUCAAUGUUAUUGUUUUCAGCAGCCAUUUGCAGUGCAAUAAUUAAACUCUGGUCAUUUGUGUUUUCCGUGGAACUAUUUUUGUUCAGUAGGGCAAUGUGCUUUUAUGUAUGCUGUGAAUUUUCUAAGCUAUUGCUUUUCAUUUUAUGACAUUUUGAUCAGCUUAUUUGGUUUUUAAUAAUAAUUGGGAUAUAUUUGAACAAUGGAUUUUUAAAUAUUUUUAAUUGGACUGCUAUGAUGGAAUAUUGUAAUGAAAUUGCUUCAAAUUUAUAAAGAUAACAAUAAAUCUAAUGUUUGAAAACUUUUUUUUAAAUUUAAAGGUAAUAUCCAUGCAGACAAGGAACUGCAGCUGCUGGAAUCUUGUGUAGAGCCCAAAGUGUAGAAGUAACUCAGUCAGGCAGCAUCUCAGGAGGACAUGGAAAUGUGACAUUUUGGGUCGGGACCCUUCUGAAACUUCACAUAUCAAUAUCCUCCAGAGAUGCUGCGUUACUCUAACACUUAGUGUUAACACUCAUGGUGUUGCUCUUAAAAUCAUGGCUGUAAUGUAAUACAAUGUAUUCCAAUUAGAACAUUCAAUUGAUGUUUACAAUCAAUUUAGCAAACCUUUGCAUUUGGGAUCAAAUAUGCAGAAUAUUUAAGCUGCCAAUUUUUAUUCUCAAUGUAUGUUGUUUGUUUCCUUGAUAAAAGAACCAAAGUACACAACCAGUGAAGCUUUAUUGGUAAAUAAAAAUUGCAUUUGUAAAGGCAUGUUCUGUUGUAAAUAAAAUGUUUUUGAAACAAUU